AUGGAUCGUGCAAUGAACAGAGAGCUAGGCGGCCAAGUGGGCGACAGAAAAUCUGUGGUACAAGCCAGUAGUUUGGAGAGUGUGCUCAUCCGCUGCAAGCAAGACAGUGACUGCAUCGACGACAACAGUCCUGGAAACCCCGAAAACCUCAUGUACUGCGAUCGACACUACGGCUUCUGUGACUACUUCCGCCAGGUGGGCGAAUUGUGCCGACACGACAGUCAGUGUGAUUCUGGUCUAAUUUGCAUGUUCGGCAAGUGUGCAAUGCCCGUUGAACCUGGUCAGACAGGUGCUCGCUGUACCGACGCUUCCGAUUGUGCACCAGGUCACUGCUGUGCUCGCCAACAUGGGGAGCUUAUUUGCAAGCUCAAACUUAAACUAGGACAGCAAUGUUUUGUUCCCCUUGGAGGUUUAGAGUUCAGCCUCAAUCAAAUUUGUCCCUGUGAUGAAGGACUUGACUGUCAGCAAGUGAAAGCUAAAAGUAAACGAAACAUUGAUGAAGUGUACCUGAAUCUACCCACGUUUGAACAAAUCAGCUUCACCGGUUGA